GAGUUCGCGCGCUCGCUGCAAGUGGACCCGCACUCCCCCCUCUUCAGGCUAGUCACAGAUGGACAACCCCCACUUAGGCAAUGUCUCCAUCCCGAAGCGUGCAGCAAGGAGCUGACGCUGCCCGCGUACUACGCGCGCUUCCACGACUUGCGCAAGGAGUUCAUGCGAGCGUACGCGCUGCGCGCCGUCCCGCCGCCCGAGCCCGCGGCGCUGCACGACAUGCUUACUUAUUUAGGUAUACCCCCGUACACGGGAGACAAUUUCUACGCGGCCGAGGUCAAAGACAUGGCCAGUGUUAUUAGGAGAAUAAUAUUAGACGGUUUCCGGUUAGAGCUGCCAGAGACGGUCGACUUAGUAUUAGAAACUGGAAUAUGUUCAAAAGACGAUGAGAUCGACGGAAACUGCAUAGUGCGCGCGCGGGGUCUGCCCUGGCAGUCUUCAGACCAGGACAUCGCCAAGUUCUUUCGGGGACUCAAUGUUGCCAAGGGUGGAGUAGCGCUCUGCCUGUCCCCUCAGGGCCGCCGAAACGGCGAGGCGCUGGUUCGCUUCGUGUCACAGGAGCACCGAGACAUGGCGCUCAAGAGGCAUAAACACCACAUAGGCCCGCGGUACAUCGAGGUGUACCGAGCGAGCGGCGAAGAUUUCCUCUCAGUAGCGGGCGGCGCGACAUGUGAAGCUGCCGCGUUCCUCUCCCGCGGCGCGCAAGUCAUUGUGCGCAUGCGCGGACUACCCUACGAUGCUACCCCUGCACAAGUGCUCGACUUCUUCUCAACCGGUGACGAUCCGGUUCAGGUCCUCGACGGCGCCGAAGGAGUCCUAUUCGUCCGCCGAGCCGACGGCCGAGCCACAGGCGACGCCUUCGUACUGUUCUCUAAGGAGGAAGACUCGCCUAAAGCCCUGUCAAGGCAUAGGAAGCUGAUCGGGCAGAGAUAUAUCGAGCUGUUUAGGUCUACUACUGCGGAGGUCCAACAGGUCCUGAACCGCUCGCUGGAACCGCGCACGCAAGCCAGCACGCCGGCCGCGCCGGCGCCAGCUGAGGGCCUGCUGCCCGUGGCGCUAGUCCCGCAACACGUCAUCACUUCCGGCACCGCUAAAGACUGCGUCAGACUCCGAGGCCUGCCUUAUGAAGCUCAGGUUGAAAACAUCUUGACUUUCUUGGACGAGUUCGCGAAGAAUAUCGUCGUCCAGGGCGUCCAUAUGGUUUAUAAUGCACAGGGUCACCCGAGUGGCGAAGCGUUCAUCCAGAUGGACAGCGAAACCAGCGCGUUCCUAUGCGCGCAACAGAAACACCACCGGUACAUGACCUUCGGCAAGAAGCAACGGUACAUCGAGGUGUUCCAGUGCUCCGGCGAUGACAUGAACCUGGUGCUGACCGGCGGCGUGACGCCGGCCACGUCGCCCAAGGUGCUCUCGCCCGGUACGUUGCUCUCCCCCCCGCCCCCCGCGCCGCGCCUGCUGGCGCAGCACAUCGCGCACCAGAGCCUGCUCGCGCGCCAGCACGAGAACCUGCUCCUCGCCUCCAUGCGUCCGCCCAUGGUGUCCGUGCUCCCCACCUACCAGAUCCGCUCGCCCUCCCCCGCGCCGCAGUACCAGCUCCAACAGUUCCUACCCCAACCGGUCGUCCCUAUCGCGAAUAAGAGAUCUUACGAGCGCGCUUUCACGCAAACUACGGAAGCUCCUCCGGCGAAGCGGCAGUACUUACCCCCUCAACUCGCUCCCUCUAUAUCCCUCCCUAUGGGUCUGUCCUACGGUACGUCCCCUCCUAUAUUCUCGUACGCGAACACUAGUCCGAUGUUGCCUUACGCGAACGCGUUGCAGGCGGGUUUACCGACGGCCAUGCCGGCCGGGUACGGCACGGCGUUGUCGGCCGCGUUACCCCCGACUAUGACUACGCCGUUCCCGGCCACGUUUUCGAUGCUGCAGUCCAUGUAUCCGUACUAUCCUGGCGUUUAGAGUUUAGGAGUUCGCGUUUCUUUAUUACAUAUCGAGAAUCUUAACGUCAUACGGUAGACGAUUCAAAUACGAAUCAUAAAAAUACAUAGCGUUCGCUUUAGAAUACGUGUAGAUACCAUAUAAAGACAAAUACUUUAAAAAAUUACUAUUCCAUAUCGAAAGUUAACUUUUGAUAAUAUUAUAGGUACGUUCUUUUUCUUUAUGACCUAAGGCAAUUUCUCUGAGAGAUAAAUGCGUUUACUUAAAAAGUUUAAAUCUUUAAUUUAUGUAAUUGUGCCUUGGAUAAUUUCCGGAUUAUAAGUAAAAUUUAAGUACAUUGAUUAAAAUUUGACUUCCAUAUGAUGAUAGAAAGAUUAAUAUUUGUAUUAGAGUACUAGGAUACUAAUAUCGUAAUCGACAAUUCGUUGUAACAGGGUAAACCAAGCUCAAAGUUUAACAGUGUUGUGUCCGUGUUAUUGAUAUUGUAGCUUAGCUUAAUGAAUUUAUUAAAAUAAGCAGAUAUAGAUUUAGGCUAAAGACACCAGUUUGACGCGUUUAGGAGUGUACAUUCCAAAAUAAAUACAUUGGCUUUUUGGCUCUAUUGUAACUCAUAAAACCGAGAAAAAUCUAAGUUUAAUGUAGAGGUAAGUCCUCCAUACUGUGAACUUACGCAAACUACCUUUAGUCAUGUUAACAUUUAACAGUUAUUUUUAACGGCAGUUAUUUUAGCAGCUUGAUAUUUUCGUUACGUUAAGUACUUACUUUUGGUACUACAAUCAAGUUUUUGUUGAAUUUAUACUGACUUUAAUGUUGUUGAAUCGUCGUGUUUUAAUCAAUUAAAUGUAAGAAUAAGUAAGACAUGUCUCAUCAUUUCGUCAGAUAUGAUUCGUGUAAUUAUUAUUUCAGCAGUUCUAUCGCCAGAGUAUGAACUCAAUCGAUAAAUAUCUGGCCACUAAAAUGUGUAGGUACUUGCUUAAAAAUGCUCAAAUAAUAAUUAGCUAAAUUUUGUUUGCCGAGAUGACGAAGCAUGAAAUAAAUCAGAGGUUUUUUAUAUUAUGACAAGUUAGAGUAAGAGUGAUUAGUUAAAAUGUGAUUACUUUUAACUUUAGACAUUCCAUGAUUUAAAGACAAAGUUUUUUUGCCAAUAUUUUUAGAGACUGAUCAAAAGUCUGAAAAAAUAUGCUGAUUUCUUUUAUGUACUUAUACUAGUACUUUUGCGUUUUUAUGAGUACAAUGCACUUUUGUAGUUAGUAUACACUUAUUAUGUUAGAUGUUGUGUUUUUUGCGUUUUUAGCACAAGGAAUCAAUUUAAGUAAAAUUAAGUGCCUACUAUACUGCGACAUAUCGCAUUUGUAAAUCGUAUUUUGUUUAUACUUAUACAUUCUAUACGAGUUAGAAUUUUUGCUAAGAUGUUUUUGCACAAGUGUAGCUAUUAUUUAUAACAAUACGUCCUAUUUUUGCUUAGCGCAUUUAAUCGAGCAGCAAUUUUAUAUUAGGUAUAUCGUGUCGUUUAGUAAUAGGUGAAGCAUCUCUAUUCCUGUCUCACUUUUCCUUUGAUUUCUUUCCUUUUCCUGGACGCAAACACUUUAACAAUUUUUUUGCAUAGGUACCAAGCUUAAUGUCAUCAUCAUUUACCUCACACCACUUAGUUUAAAUGGUAUUAUAAUAUCAAUAGAUAUUUGGUACGAAGUUCCAAUACUGCAAGCAUAACUUAACAAAAUUGCAUUAAGUUUUUUACUUCAAAAAAUUACCUAUUUGUGUAUUAAAUAUAAAGCGCGCGUCUCUAUCAUAUAAAGGUAACAAGAUACGAAUGCUUUUUAUUUUACAACAAACAUGAACUUAUAAAGAAUCUCGCAGUUUUGGAAUUUAGCACUAAAUUGGGUGACCUGUAUAAUGAACUAGUAUUUCUUAAAAUAACGUCAUGUUGCCUAUGGUGUUGCCAUAUCUCAAUCACUAUAGGUCCUGGGCUUUCACAUGGUGGAAAGGCUAAUAUAUUUGUUCUGUCAUUUCUAAAAUGUAUUUACUGAUAAAUUGCCCGAGUUCACGUUUUUCAUCGAUCAUAUGGUUUCCCUUUCACUUUUACAUGUGUAGAAGUGAUGUGUGUAGAAGGAGAGGAUGCUUUAUGGUGAUGAAGAUGUGUUUAGGGAAGUUCAUUGUAAGUUUGGCUUUAACACGUUCGCUACGACAAUUACCUAACAUCGUAAUCCGUACACCGAAUAAAACCAAUAUCAGAGUGAAGGUGUUAAAGAAAAUUACAAUGACCAAUAUAUUAUACGUACUUACUAAGUAUACCAUGCAAUUGUUUACAUGGCGAUGAAGUGUGUAACUUAAUUGGUGUAUCCGAGGGGUCGUGUUUUGGAAAAUGGGCAUGUUUUGUGGUAAAUCGGUAAGUUGCACUCAUUACUAUAUAUAUUUAUGAAGGACAUUCUGAUCGUGUAGAGUUCUAUUCGAGAUUUUGGUAAUCACUAGUUUUUAGAACUGUCGUUUUAUACGAGACCCAUAAAAUAACGUUUUUCUCUGUGAUUUGGAAACGUUUUUAAGAGUGUAAAGGUAGUUAACUAUCGAUUCGUCCUCCGUUUGUUAUUUGUACCUGAACUGAUUAAUAUUAAUAACAGGUAACAGAACCCUAAAAAUAAACGGUUAAAAUUACAGAGAAACGUUAUUGUAAAAGUACAUUUAAGACCUUAACGGCAGAUUCGUUACUCGAUUAGUGGUUCAUAAUUUCUGAAUAGACCUAAGGUUAGCAUGGAUUGCUUAAUUCUUAUUUUAAGGACGGGGUUGCAUGGCUCGACGUGACUUUCGCUUUGUAGAGUGAACGUUUUCCACAGCACAGCCGCCGGAUACAACGACGUAUUCUAUGAAUUGUACAAGGUUCUAUACUUGGCAUUAUGGUCUCUAAAUCGUGCCUGGUAAGUUGUAUUCUGAGGUCACGCUUCUCUAUGAUUAGAAUAAGUAUUUUACUGAUAAAACUAACGUUUUUGUUGCUAAUAUAAUUAAUUUUGUACUUAAAUAUCCGUUCUACAUAACACAUUUAAUAUACUUGGUAUGUUACUAUUGUAACUAUCUUGCUCUUGUAGAAAAACGUUAUAUAAACGAGUUAUUAAUUUACCAAGAUAACGGUUAUCGAGACCAUAAUGCCGAUUCCUGACUAGGUAAUUGGGUGUCCUCCAGUCAUUUAGCGCUAUAUCCACAGCUUAUUCUUCUGCUAUUCUGAGCCUUUUUAUGCUUUCACUUGGAUUUAUAUAUUUCAACGAUCUUUUUAGUGCUAUAAGAAACAAUGCGUUUUUACAUUUGCGUUAAUGAACUUAUUGAUGAUUUUUUAUAAAACCAUUGAUAUUUUUUAUGCAUUAUCAGACAUAGGUAUAUAAUAUUUAGUUAUGCAAAUGAAUUUUACGAUUUACUCUAAAUUUAUCUGGAAAGUAGUUGGUAUUUUUAUACAGUUAUACUAUUUUUAUUUCACCCGAAAUUUGGAAUCAACGUUAUUAAAUAACAUCAAAAACAGUUCUUUUAACUUACAUUGUUGUAGAAUUAACGCAGGUGAGCUUGAUAAUAUAAAACAAUCUAGUACAAAAAGUUGUUGAAAUAUAGUUUUUUUUUCAAAUAGUGACUGGGGGAAGUGGUGUGAGGGAUAGGUAGAAUUCUCGUUAGCAUAACGAUUAAAUCAACGGUUAAUUUAAACGGAAACAUUACUAAUGAUUAAAAAAUAUAAGCUUAAUUUCGGUUAUCGGAUGCUAUUUCUUGUUAUAUUUGAAACUCGCCCAGUUUACAUUUGGAAUUACUAUAACGGAAAUUUAGCUUUUAUUUUUACUUUCUUAAACAUCAAUAAGUAGAACUAAGGCGUUCCGUGUAAUUUUAAUCACCUUGUUAGUACUGCAUUGAUCUUUAAUAUAAUUAUUAUAGUUGGCUAAUUAUAGUUUAUUGCGUAUUUUAAAUAAAGCGAUAAUCUUCGUGA